CCGGCCCACUGGGCAAAACCGAGCGUCGAUUCCGCCAAAAUCCCGUUUUCGACGGACAGCCGGUACAAACGCGUCGUCGCCGCGGCAAUUUAUUAAUCGGGCGUAAUAAACGGCGCUCCGCCGCGAAAGCAAACACAAACGCCCCGGAUAAAAAGCCCGGAACGCUUUCGAAAAAUCCAGUCGCCCGGCACGUCGAGAGAUUCUCGUUACCGCGGCGCGUUAAAAAUUCUGCGGCGAAUAACUUUGCUUUUUACCUAAACGAGCAUCGAGUCGUCCGAUUUGCAUAAUCGGCGUCGUUCGGCCGUUUCCGGCGGGCAUUCGCGCGACGGGUAGUUGGCCGUGCGCGGACGCGUCAUUCGGGUUCGAGAUUCUGUCGGUUGCGGUAGAUGCGCGCGGGCGCCAUGUUUCUCGCGAGUUUGGCGAUUCGCGCUUUGCUCUUCGGCGGAACUCUGGUCGCGUCCGAGCCAAUGUUCCGUACCUGCGAGCCGAUACGCGUGAAAAUGUGCUCCGACCUCGGCUACAACAUGACGGGGAUGCCGAAUCUAGGAGGCAACGAUAUCCAACAAGAAGCCGACUAUAAUCUGCAGACAUUCUCGCCGUUGAUCCAGUACGGAUGCAGUCGGCAUCUCAAGCUGUUUUUGUGCUCGGUUUACGUGCCGAUGUGUACGGAAAAGGUGGCGAAUCCGAUUGGGCCGUGUCGCGGUUUGUGCGAAAACGUUCGUUCGCGGUGUUACCCAGUGCUGCAAGAGUUCGGAUUCCCGUGGGCCGACGCUUUGAACUGUUCCCGUUUCCCGGUCGAGAAUAACCACGACCAUAUGUGCAUGGAGGGACCAAAAGACAAGAUCGACAUCCGGGCGCCGGUCGAUCCCGCCGUCAGCAAAUUUGACUGUGGCUCCCGGGGUUCGAAACCGACAGGUGGUUGCGUCCGCGCGUGCGAUCAAGGAGGCGGCGUCUUCGACGACACGGAGAAGAGAAUCGCAGAGGUCUGGAUCACCGUCUGGGCGCUGGCGUGUCUCGCAUCAAGCCUGGGGGCGGCCCUGACGCUCACGUUGGGAGGCGGCAAGAUCCGCGCUUUGCCGUUGGCGAUCUUGUCGCUGUGCUAUUUCCUGGUGGGCGCCGGUUGGACGCUGCGGUCUUUCGCUGGACGCGCGGGCGUCCACUGCGUCGACGACGCGACGCCCAGCAGCGAAGACGGCCUGCGCAACGUCAACUGCGCCUUCAUUUUCCUGCUGCUGUAUUACUUCGGCAUGGCCGCCAACGCGUGGUGGGUUUGCCUUUGCGCAUGGUGGCUCGCUAGGGCGGGACUGUCGUGGACCCCGGACAAAAUGCGGAGUCUCGCGUCAUUUUUGCACGUGUGCGGGUGGGGCUUCCCCGCCGUCCAGACCGUAGCGGCGCUCGUCCAUCGCGACGUCGAUUCCGACGAAUUGACCGGCACGUGCUACGUGGGCAACAAGAACCUGACGACGCUCCUCUACCUCGUCCUGAUGCCGUACUUUUUCUAUUUCUUCGUCGGCGUCGUCCUCCUCGCCAUCGGCUGGACCUUGAUCCUUUACAAGCCGAAAAAUGGCGGCGGCACGGCUUCCGCCCCCCUUACCCAGACCGCCCCGCGCAAAGAGAGGGACUUUCUGGGCGCGUUGUGCGCCCUAUACGCGAUCCCAACUUUCUGCGUCAUAGCCAGCUACCAUUACGAGUACAGCAACAGGGAGGACUGGUUGUCGGGCGUGAAGAAGCCGGUCCUGUGGGCGCUGCUGCUGCGCCAUUUCAUGUCGCUUUUCGUGGGCAUCAGUUCGAUAUUCUGGAUAUGGUCGGCCAAGUCAGCGCAGGCGUGGAAAUCGGCGCUGAGACGGCUCGGACCGCGGAAACGGCCGAGCAAACCCGCGCAGGUGCUCUGCUACCCUCUCGCGCAUGCGCAACCGCCGAGACAACCGUGCCGACCGGUCCACGCCCACCGGAAGGUGCCUAGGUGUCACCACCUGCGUUCCGGAAGUGAAACCAUCAUCUAGACUAGCGGCGAUCGGUCGAAACGUCGCGAACCUUGUGAGGUCCCUCCCUGGGGGGAGGGCCGCCGCGUAACGUAUUUUUUUUGUACUUAAAGGAUCACAGGAGAGGGUGUCAGAGACUCGCGUGCCCGUAGGGACCCCGCGCAGUUCAAAUUAGGUUAAGAAUUUUUAAUUUCUGUGCCGGGUGUCUCUCGCGUAAGCUACCAAGAAAUUUUAAAUACGACCGGGAAAUUUUCAGGUUUUUUUCAAUUUUGGACAUAUUUUAAUGCGUUUUUUGAUUAAAAACAAGCAUAUUACGAAAAGCUCGCGAAAUAGACAUUAGGCUGACUACUAAAUUUUGUAAAAGGAAUACAAUCGAAACUCUAUGUAGCAAAAUUGAAGGGACUCGUUAUAAAUAAGUAAUUUUUUAUUACUUUAUAUACAUAUUUACCUGCGGCAAAUAAGGCCCAGUUAAUAAGAAAUUACAUUAUUUGGCAAACACAGACAAAACCAAAUAACGAAAUACAAAUAUUAUCUUAAUU